GUAGGUUGGGAAUGGAAAAGGAAAGUCAGAGCUCCUGUGGCAUUUUGCACCCAUUUCCUCCGGCCUUGACCUCCCCCUCUUUGUUUCCUACUAAGACUCAACACCCUCUGCUUUCCUGCCCAAAUCGCUAGUUCUUUCCUCCAGCUUCCACUGUCCCUGAGUCCCCGGGUGGCUGCACUCUCUAACUCCCCAAGCCGACCCCUGCACCGCUGGAGCUCACUUUGCAAAAAUACUGUUCAGGAGCUUGGAGUGAAGUGUUCUGCAGUGCUUGCUGCUCCGUGGUUUCUGCAUUUUAAGCCAAAAAAAGAAGAAAACCUUACGAGAAACUAUCCGAAAACGACAUGUACACACCCAUCCUGCAGAGCGGCUCCCCGUUCCCAGCCUCGGUGCAGGAGCCCGGCCUGCACAUCUGGCGGGUGGAGAAGCUGAAGCCGGUGCCCGUGGCCCCGGAGAACUGGGGCGUCUUCUUCUCGGGGGACUCCUACCUGGUGCUGCACAAUGGUCCUGAGGAGCAGUCCCACCUGCACCUGUGGAUAGGCCAGCAGUCUUCCCGGGACGAGCAGGGGGCCUGCGCCGUGCUGGCCGUGCACCUCAACAGCCUGCUGGGGGAGCGGCCCGUGCAGCACCGCGAGGCGCAGGGCAACGAGUCGGACCUCUUCAUGAGCUACUUCCCGCGCGGCCUCAAGUACCAGGAGGGUGGCGUGGAGUCGGCCUUCCACAAGACCUCCUCGGGGGCCGCCCCGGCCGUCGUCAGGAGACUCUACCAGGUGAAGGGGAAGAGGAACAUCCGUGCCACUGAGCGGGCGCUGGCCUGGGGCAGCUUCAACACCGGGGACUGCUUCAUCCUGGAUCUGGGCCAGAGCAUCUUCGUCUGGUGUGGGGCCAAGUCCAACAUCCUGGAGCGCAACAAGGCGCGGGACCUGGCCCUGGCCAUCCGGGACAGUGAGCGGCAGGGCCGGGCGCAGGUGGAGACUGUCACCGAUGGAGAAGAGCCUGCUGAGAUGACCCAGGUUCUGGGCCCCAAGCCCCCGCUGCAGGAGGGCAACCCUGAGGAAGACCUCACAGCUGACCAGACAAACGCCCAGGCCGCGGCUCUGUAUAAGGUCUCCGACGCCACUGGCCAGAUGCACCUGACCAAGGUGGCUGACUCCAGCCCCUUUGCCCUGGAGCUGCUCAUACCAGAUGACUGCUUCGUGCUGGACAACGGGCUCUGUGGCAAGAUCUACAUCUGGAAGGGGCGAAAAGCUAACGAGAAGGAGCGGCAGGCGGCUCUCCGGGUGGCCGAGGACUUCAUCUCCCGUAUGCGGUAUGCCCCGAGCACCCAGGUGGAGAUUCUGCCGCAGGGCCGCGAGAGUCCCAUCUUCAAGCAAUUCUUCAAGGACUGGAAAUGAGGGUUGGUGACCCCUGCCCCCACCUCCUGCUGGUGGGCUCCUCUUCUGGCCACCUGGCCAGUGGUGAGACCCUCCCACCCCCCCACCCCAGCCAACUGCAGGUAGUCAAUAAAGGA